UGAAAGCACAUUCUGACCUGAACACAUCACAUGCUGACUUCUCUGUGAUCAUUUAGCUCACUGAUACUUUAAACACCGAAAGAUCCUUGGAGGAAUGAAUGCCAUGGACAUCAUGACUGCUGACUACAGCCAAGAUGACUACAAUGAGACAAUAAACAACUCAAUGUGUGAUUUUGACGAGUGGGAGCCGUCAUAUUCGCUGAUUCCUGUGUUCUACAUGCUCAUCUUCAUCCUGGGCCUCACUGGGAACGGUGUGGUCAUCUUCACUGUAUGGCGGGCUCAGUCCAAACGGAGAGCUGCAGACAUCUACAUUGGAAACCUGGCUCUUGCUGACCUGACCUUUGUGGUGACCCUGCCCCUGUGGGCAGUCUACACCGCCCUGGGAUACCACUGGCCGUUUGGCGUGGCCCUCUGCAAGAUCAGCAGCUACGUGGUGUUGCUCAACAUGUACGCCAGUGUCUUCUGCCUCACCUGCCUGAGUCUGGACCGCUACAUGGCCAUCGUUCACUCCCUCACCAGCACACAGCUGCGGACCAGAGGACACAUGCGAGCCUCGCUGGCCACCAUCUGGCUCCUCUCAGGUGUGUUGGCUGCACCGACGCUGCUGUUUCGCACCACGGUGUACGACGCUGAGACCAACCAUACCUCCUGUGCCAUGGACUUCAGCCUGGUGGUGAGCAAACCGGGUCAGGAGACCUUUUGGAUCGCCGGCCUCAGCAUCUCCUCCACCGCCCUUGGCUUUCUGAUCCCCCUUCUGGCCAUGAUGGUGUGCUACGGAUUCAUCGGCUGCACCGUCACACGUCACUUCAACAGCCUGCGCAAGGAGGACCAGCGCAAACGCCGCCUGCUCAAGAUCAUCACCACACUGGUGGUGGUGUUUGCUGCGUGCUGGAUGCCCUUCCACGUCGUGAAGACCAUGGAUGCUCUUUCGUACCUGAACCUUGCUCCUGACUCCUGCACCUUCCUGAACCUCCUUCUUCUGGCUCAUCCCUACGCAACCUGCCUGGCAUACGUCAACAGCUGCCUCAACCCGCUCCUCUACGCCUUCUUCGACCUCCGCUUCCGCUCCCAGUGCCUCUGCAUCCUCAACCUGAAGAAAGCCCUUCACGCCAGUCCUGCCAGCUCCCUUUCUUCACAGAAGACCGAGGCCCAGUCGCUGGCUACUAAGGUGUGAGGAGGUGGGUGGAAGGGUGAUGCAGACAAGUCAACAACUGUUACAUCCUUCACAAGAACUCAAUUGUUGUUGGGGACAAGCAGACUUUCCUUUUGCAUCUGACUGUGGGAACUUGAGGAACCAGCUUCCCCUGUCCCAGGACUAAACAUUGGUACUCUGUGAACUGCAAAGAAGUACGCUCUGUUUCUGAAGAACUUGAUGCAGUCUGUUUGUCCUGGAGACCACAAGCAGACCGGAGCAGACCCCCUCCGACAGCUGCGCUCCAGACGUGUGGGACAGAGUUGGGGAGAAGGAGCGAGGGCUUUUCUGCUUUUCUCUUAGUUGCCUCUGGAGCUUCAUAGACUUACAUGGAGCUGCAGGGUGGUGGGUGGUCCACGGAGGGGUUCGAGAGCAAUUUAUGGACUCUGUACUUUUGAAACUGUAUUAGUGCAUUUAACCAUGCUCUUUACCGUCUUGUUUUUCUCGGUUGCUUGUUUAUUUUUUGUCCUUUAAGCACUUGUUCCUAAGGGGCAGAGAUAAGAACCCUGGUGGCCAGUCAGUCUUAUCUAAACCGUCAAGAUAGGGGAGGGAGGGAUGGGUGCCUUACUUGAGAAGAAG